AUGAGCGAUGCGUCCUCGAACGCGGACUUCCUGGAUGGCCAAGGAAGUGAUAUUGAAAGCAUGGAUGAUUUCGGUGACGAUAUCGACGUAGGGUUUUCCCAAGACAAGGACAUUAUCGGGCAGACGAAAAAGCCAUACGAAGUGGACCACAAGGUAUUAGAUCCGGAGGACAUCGAGCGGGAGCAGAAUGUACAGAUCAACGAGGUCUCGUCGAUUCUGGGCCUGCCACCCGAGUCGUGCGCCAUUCUAUUGCGAUACGGGCGAUGGAAUCGGGAAAAGGUGAUCGAAUCUUACAUGGACCGCCCCGAGAAGACACUGGAAGAUGCGGGUCUUGGGACAAAUUUCGAUAGUGCAGCAAAGACAGAGGUGGUGCCGGGAUUCAUGUGCGACAUUUGCUGCGAGGAUGGAGAUGACCUGGAGACCUAUGCGAUGCGAUGCGGGCAUCGCUUUUGCGUGGAUUGCUAUCGACAUUACCUGGGCCAGAAGAUUCGUGAAGAAGGGGAGGCAGCAAGGAUUGAGUGUCCGGGAGAUAGCUGCCAUAUGAUUGUGGACUCGAAGAGCUUGAGUUUGCUUGUUACAGCUGAUCUCAAGGAUAGGUAUAAUACGCUUCUGACCCGGACUUAUGUCGACGACAAGGAGAACCUCAAAUGGUGCCCGGCUCCGAACUGCGAAUAUGCGAUUGAUUGUCCGGUCAGACAACGGGAACUCAACCGUAUCGUGCCCACCGUGCAAUGUGGAUGCAAGCAUAACUUCUGCUUUGGCUGCACGCUCAACGACCACCAACCAACACCUUGUGCGUUGGUGAAGAAGUGGCUCAAGAAGUGUGAAGACGAUUCGGAAACGGCCAAUUGGAUUUCCGCCAACACUAAGGAGUGCCCCAAAUGUUACUCGACUAUCGAGAAGAACGGCGGGUGCAACCAUAUGACGUGCCGCAAAUGCAAACACGAGUUUUGCUGGAUGUGCAUGGGUCUGUGGUCAGAGCACGGCACGAGUUGGUACAACUGCAGCCGAUUCGAAGAGAAGUCGGGAUCUGAGGCCCGCACAGAGCAGGCCCGGUCUCGCGCGUCGCUGGAACGGUAUCUACAUUAUUAUAACCGAUACGCCAACCACGAACAAUCUGCGAAGCUGGAUCGAGAUUUGUAUCUAAAGACCGAGAAGAAGAUGACCAGUCUUCAGUCGCAGUCGGGUCUCUCGUGGAUUGAAGUGCAGUUCCUCGACACUGCAUCGCAAGCUCUCCAACAGUGCCGGCAGACGCUGAAGUGGACCUACGCGUUUGCCUACUACCUUGCCCGGAACAACCUCACGGAGAUCUUCGAGGACAACCAGAAGGACCUGGAGCUGGCAGUGGAGAAUCUGAGUGAGAUGUUCGAGAAACCGGUGCCGGAGCUGGCGAAUCUCAAGGUGGACAUUUUGGACAAGACGGCGUAUUGCAACAAGCGACGGGUAAUCCUGUUGAGUGACACCGCGGAAAACUUGAAAGAUGGCGAGUGGUCCUUCAACGUGGAAUGGUGA